AUGAAAUAUUUUCGUACCGUAAAAAUACCAUCUUCCAUUUAGAAAUUUUUUGCCAAUAAAUGUCUAAUUAUCUCUGCUUCAUGCAAAAACUCUACAUAUUUUCAAAAUUUUGAUGCAAAGAUACACCUAUUUAUAUCUUCAUUUAUCCACCACCGUAUCCUAUAUUCUAAAACAAAAAAUACUUGAAAAAACUUCUCUCAAACGAUAAUCUUUUGUUAGAUUCAUCAUCUGUGUAGUACAUCAAUGGCUACCGUGAGUGAUGAGAAGCAUGGACCGUAUGGUUCAACAAGUCCACCAAACUGGAGUAUUGUGAUUGAUAGUAAACAAAGUGUCAAAGAAGUGUUAAUUUACAGUGGAUAUAUUGUGGAUGGUAUUUCACUUGUAUUGGUUGAUUCAGUUGGGAAAACUAUGAUUAAAUCCUCUGGUGGACAGGGGGGAUCCAUGUCCAAGGUUACUCUAAAGCAAGGAGAAUACAUAACACAAAUUAGUGGCAUUAAUGGGAUUUACUUGGGCAAUCCAACAAUUGGAAUGCUAAAAAUACACACCAACUUAUAUCCGUCAGGAUAUGGACCAUUUGGAGAAGCAAAAGGUGUUAGUCGUCCUCAAAGCUUUACAUGUCCAAUUUCUGCUGAAAAUGAUUCUUGGAUCGUUGAGCUAUUUGGAACCCAUGGCCCUAGCUAUCUUGCUUCCAUUGGAGUCACUACAAGAAAGGGGAAUGACAUAUGUGGGCCAUAUGGGUCACGUAAUGCAACAAACUGGAGUAUGGUGCUUGAUGCUAAUGAAAGCAUCAAAGAAGUGAUAAUCCGCCAUGGAUACAUUGUUGAUGGCAUUGGGUUUGUUGUAGCCGAUAAAAAUGGUAACACCACCACUAAGUUAUACGGUGGUCAAGGUGGAAGCGCCACCAACCUUACUCUAAAGCCUAAUGAGUAUAUAACACUAUUAAGUGGGAUACAUGCAAAAUACUACAAUAAUCCAGCAAUAGCAUCAUUGAAGAUACACACCAACAUAUCCCCAAGUGGCUAUGGACCAUAUGGACUUGCCAAAAAUGUUAGUGAACCAUUCAAUUUUUUAACUCCUUUUCUUCCUGAAGAUCAUAGAAUUGUUGAAUUCUUUGGAAGAGAAGAUGGCCCCAAUCUUCAAUCCUUAGGAGUUCGUAUUGCAAUGCAAACAAAACAAGAAGAAAAUAUCCCCAAAAAUACUACAAAUGAUUCGAACCAAGAAGAGAAUAAUUGCAACAAUGAUGAUACAAAUUCACAAAGGCGAGGCAGCAUAGCCUUCUUCGCAACCUACAGACCGCCAGUAGCCUUAGACAUAUACACUUCCAAUUGUCCGCCGACAUCCCCGAAAGAUGAGUCGCUGAUGACUGACGGAAAAGACUACAAUUACAACGGUCAUAUAAUCCCACCAGCGGCUCUUAAACUUAUGCUUAAACGUCCGCUGCUAGCUCCUCAUGGCACAGACGUAGAUGUCGAUUCGGGUCGACUCACGGGUCUAAUUUUCGUUUCGGAGCGAACCAACAGUCUCGAGACGCUUCAUAUUGGUCUAUUUCAUCAAGGAAAAGAAGCAAAAGUGUUUAGUUUCGCUGAUGUUUAUGGGACUUAUAAGGGUGUUAGAUUGGAAGAUAGUGGGUGUUUUGCUGGUGAUUAUCUUGUUUAUGUGUCUACUAUGGAGCCUGUUUCUGAGCCUCAUCAGCCUUGGACUGCUGUUUAUAAGACUAAUCUUAAGACAGGGGAAACCGAAAGACUCACCUUAAAAGGACAAGCAGAUUUAAGUCCGUCGGUAUCACCCGAUGGAAAGAAAAUAGCCGUGGCAUCAUUUCAAAGAAAAGCCGGUUGGGAUGGCGAGAUUGAGGACUUAAAAACAAGCAUAUUUGUCAUGAACGUAGAACGUCCAUUAGAACGUAAAUUGGUUGUUGUUGAUGGUGGUUGGCCAACUUGGGGAAGUAACAAUGUGUUAUUUUUUCACCGGAACAUCGAAAAGGUCGAAAUCGUUAAAAAAUGGGGAGUUUUUCGAGUCGAUCUCCGGGACCCCAAGCUCGUGACUCGUGUAACACCGGAAGAAAUCAAUGCUAUGACUCCAGCAGCUAUAGAUGAGAAUAGAGUUGUUGUUGCUACCGUUCGCAAAACAUUUACAUUCGCAGAUCAAUAUGAGCGUGAACCAAAUCAAUAUAGGCAUAUUGAAAUAUUUGAUGUUACCAAGCCUAAAGAUCAAUAUGUUGAAGUAACUAUGAAAACAAGACCUAUGGCUGAUCAUUUCAAUCCAUUUGUGAUUAAUGACAACAAAGUUGGUUACCAUCGUUGCAACACCGAUAAAGUUAAUGCGUAUGAUGUUGUUGACAAAGAUUUCUACACACUACAAUCUCCGGAUCCAGAAGUUGGAAUAUUCAGAGUUUCAGGAGUCUUUCCAUCAAUAUCAGAAUGUGGUACAAAACUUGCAUUUGUUGAUAAUGAAUUUAAGGCUGUUUGGGUGGCUGAUAAAACCGGCUUGCAUAUGGUUUACAAGAAAAAUGACUCAAACAGCCUAUUUUCACCGGUAUGGAGCCGAGGAAAGGACAUACUCUAUGUAUGUGUGGGCCCUUCGUUCAAUUUUAAGGAAACAGUUCAAAUAUUGGCCAUCACUAAUGUAUCAGGAAGUAAACGAGAGAUUAGAUACCUAACUAACAGGGGAUACAACAGUGCUUUUCCUGCUACCAAUGCAGAUGGGACAAAGCUAGUUUAUCGAUCUACAAAGCAUGGACCGAAAAAUCUAUAUAUAAUGGAAGACGCGGUGCUAGGAGAAUUUGAUGGAGCAAAAGUAACAAGGCUAACCGAAGGAGAUUGGACAGACACACAUUGCCAAUGGUCUCCUACACAAGAUUGGAUAGUAUUUGCAUCGAAUCGAGCAAAUCCAACAGCACCAACACCGAAAGAUCUACCAGAUCCAGGGUACUUUGGCGUGUACAUGGUUAAGGCAACCGACAAAAAUGUCAUCGUAAAAGUAAUCGAUAGUGGAAAUCUUUACGCGGGUGGCCUGUUUCCUGGACACGUAAACCAUCCAUUCUUUAGUCCAGAUGGAAAAAGUCUAGUCGUAACAGGAGAUCUCGCAGCAGUUUCGUGUGAUCCUGUGUCAUUGCCUUUGUUCGUGCACUCAGUUAGACCUUACGGUGAUAUUUUUGUGCUUGAUAUUGAUCCGGACGACAUUUAUAAGAACGAAAAUGUGACGAAAUUUAGUCGUCUUACGCAUAGUAAGUACGAGAAUUCGACUGCUACAUGGACAAUGGCUUCUACUAAGGAUUUACAUGAGAAAUGGAAUGUAAGAAUUGCUGGAAAUGAUGAAGCGAGAAGCUAUCAGCCUGAAUGUCCUUAUGUGCAAAAAGGUGGUGGUGAAAGUUUUCAUAUGACUGGUCACCUUUGUAUUGUUGAUAAGCGUUGUUGUUGAUUUAAGUUAUGUUUGUUUGUAUGCACCUUAAGAUUAUGUGCAUUUUUGUUAUUGUACUUGAUUCUUGUUGUAUGCCUUGUUUGCGUUUGAAUAAGUCUUGGUUGCUAAUAA